UAGAGAGCCUGCAUCACUUUAACUUCAACCCGCUCUCGCCCAUCUCCACUCCCUCUGAGCAACACACAAACCCUAGAAAAAUGUCGGGCGGAUUUUUCAGGGGCACCUCCGCCGAUCAGGAUACGCGAUUCUCGAACAAGCAAGCGAAGCUUCUCAAGUCUCAGAAAUUCCCUCAUGAACUGGAAAAUCUGGUGGACAUGACCAAAGUGAAGAUUGAUGUUAUAAAGCCCUGGAUUGCAAAACGUGUGACUGAGCUAAUUGGGUUUGAAGAUGAAGUGCUUAUCAAUUUCAUUUAUGGUCUUUUGGAGGGAGAGGCAGUUAAUGGGAAGCAGAUUCAGAUUUCACUGACUGGAUUUAUGGAGAGAAAUACUGCAAAGUUUAUGAAGGAGCUCUGGUUAUUGCUUCUCAGUGCGCAGCAAAAUGUAAGCGGUGUCCCUCAACAAUUUCUGGAUGCAAAAGAAGAGGAAGCUAAAAUAAAGAAGGCAGAGACAGAUCGGAUAGCCAAUGAAAUUCAAAGAAAGAAAGAGAAAGAGAAGCAAGAAUUUUAUGAGGAUAAAGCAAAGAUGGACGGUGAUGGAGCAAAAUCAAGAGACAAUCAUAGUGAGUUGGAGCCUAAUGUGAAGCAUUAUCCCAGGGGUUCUACUGUUCAACAGCCAAAUGAGAAAGAGCGUCACAAUAGAAAUGGCCGGAGAAGAAGCAGCAGGGGUUCACGUUCUCCGGAUUCACCUAACCACUCGCUAUCUUCCAGUGAGCAGCGGAGGUCAAGAAGCAUUUCUGGGGGACCACCAUCAAGAAGUCGGUCCAUUUCCUCCGAAAGACGUGAUCGCUCUCCACCUAGACGGUCUAUUACACCUCGCCGGCGUCAUGUUGUUCGGCGAUCUCGCUCUCCAAGGCGUAGGCCAUAUUUGAAUCGAAGAUCGAGGUCUAACUCACGGCGCAGAUCUCCUUCCCCUGUGCGAUAUCGAGUUCGUUCUCCAAGGCGACAUAGAUCGCGUUCUCCCUUGCGCCGUAGGUCACGGUCCCCUGUACGGCGUAGGUCACGGUCCCCUGUACGGCGUAGGUCACGGUCCCCUGUACAGCGUAGGUCACGGUCCCCUGUAAGGCGUAGGUCACGAUCCCCUGUGCAACGUAAGUCAAGGACGCCCAUACGGAGAUCACCAGUUCAGUACAAGUCAAGAACGUCUUCACGACGCAGAUCCCUUUCUCCUGUGCAUAGCAUGUCACCUUCCCCUAUCAGAGGAAGAUCCCCUGUGCAUCGCCGGUCACCAUCUCCUGUGCGCCGCCGUUCACGAUCUCCAUUGCGGCGGCACUCACCAUCUCCACGUCAUCAGUCUCCUCCUGCAAGAAGGCAGUACCGCCGCUCUCUGUCAACUUCAUCACAUCAAUCUAUGUCUCCUGUUCGACAAAGGCCCUCGAUACAUGGUAGAAAAAGAUCAUGUUCUCCAGGGAUUCAAAGAUCUCCUGCCCCUCAAGAAUCAAGUUCCCCCUCAAAUAUUCGUCGAAGUUCCCUUUCACCAGUUAGGAGAGGAUCAACAAAGCAUGCAAGAUCACCUAUCCAUUCUCCUGGAGAAAAAGCUAGAAGGCAAAAGAAUUAUUCCCCUGCUCGUCGUGCUUCUCCCAGUGAAAGAGCUGAAGUUCAGUCAGGGAAUCGUAAAGGAACAAAAUCUGCAGAACGGCGGUCUGUUGUAUCUCUGAGGUCACCACAGAGGGAUAUGCUGGAUCAAAGAGAUUUGAGUGGAAAACCUCGAAACUCGUCACCGUCCAUGGAAAAGUCCCCAUCCGGAUCAGAUGCUUCCAGGGGCAGAAGUGGCAGUGAAGAAAGAAGGUCUAUUAGUCCUCGUGGUAGCCCUCGCCAAAGGAGGGGAAGAAUGAUACCGCCUGAGAGUCCAAAUCCUUCGCGAAAAACCUCUGAUCCUAAAAUUCGUCGUGAUGAUUCUAGGACAAGUUUGGAUGAUGAAAACAAUAUGCCUAGCAGGGAGAUUGGACAGUACAAAAAUAGGUCUUCAGGGAAAAGUUCUUUGAUGCCCGUGGAAGCUGGUGAUACUCAUGGUCUAGCUGAUAGCACACAGUCAAAAGAGCGGCAACUGACGAACAGUGACAGGCCACGUGACACUGCUGAUCAUAAAGAACACCGCGAACGGAGAGAGUUGUCGACACUUACAAAAAUGACUGAUAUGAGUAUGAAAAGUAGGGAAUAUCAGGGCUAUCCUCAAUCCAAGGAUAUGAAAAUUCCUCGCAUAGAAGAUGGUGAGAGUGGUUUUCGGGUCCCAGAAAAGGAAGAUACACCUAAAUUGUUGAGGAAGUCUGAGAAGAAUGAUCGUAAUGGUUCAUCGGAUUCUGCCCUAAAUGAGGAGACUGGUGAUCAUGUGAGUAAAGUCAAAGAAAAGAGGAAGCAGAGGAAAUCGGGUAGACAAGAUGCUGAAUCAGAUGAGUUCUCUAGCUAUGAUUCCCAUGAAGACAAGAAGGAGAUCAAAAAGAGGAAAAGAGAAGAAAAAAAAUUGAAAAAGGAGAUGCGCCGGCGACGGCGGGAGGAGGAGAAACGCCGUCGAAGGGGUGAGAGGCGCUCAGAGAAGCAAAAGCUGAAGCAAGGUGAUGCUAGUAGUUCAUCAUCAGAUCUUGCAGGUGAUAAUUCUGAAGAUGAAAGUGUUAAAAGGCAGAAGUUGCGAGCAAGCAACCCUAAAGACACGGAAUCUGAGCAGAAAAGGCUAGAGAUAGAGCUGCGUGAGAAGGCUCUUAAGUCACUUCGAGCCAGAAAGGGCUCCGGAAACUAAAUGCUAUGAUGCUCUAGAAUUUAUAGCUGUUAUUGUUAUGCUCUUAUAUUACUAUCUUCAAUGCUAGAACUUGCACUGUUUCGGAUGAAUGUACUUCUGAUACCUGCUUAAUGUGAUUUGUUUUUACUGGUGGCAGCUGAAAUGGAUAAUUGAGGAUUUCCUGAGCUAGUAUCUUGAGUGAAACUUAAUGCUGCUUUCCUGCUAUCAUUUCUGAUAUGUUAUUAUCAAAUAUAGAUGACUUGGUUGCGCAGAUCUUUGCAGCUAUUCAGUUUGGACAUUGAACAGCUUGAGAAUUGUCCCCAAGCAAUUAUGCAAGAGAAGUAAUAUAACAGCUACAAUGGUGAUUGUUGGAUUUCAAUUUAUUUGUCUGGUCUUUGACUUGGCUUGAGUCAACCUUUCUUGGUUUAUGUUCUUGCUGCUCUUGUAUUUGACAUGAUGGCUUUUUUCUUUUUUUUAGAUUCCUUGAAGAAGCUGUAUUGGACCUUAAAUAGGUUUUGUGCAGUUGUGCCUCUAUGUGAAUGACAUUUCUACUUACACUUACUCA